AGAAAGAGGCGAACUCGACCUUUUUCGGUUGAUCGUGAUCGGUUCCUUGCGAUUCUUGUUGUUGUUCGACCGGGGAGCCUUUGUUUGGUCGAUCACCAGGCGGACGAUCUGUGGAGCGACCCUGGUCGGUCAAUGGAUUCUCGGGGGACGGUGGAGUCGCCGGAGGCCGCGAGGCCCGCGGCGGUGGCGCUCGACUUCACCGACGCGGAGGUGGCGUCAUCCCGCGCGAGGAUCCCCAGGAGGAUACGGCGGAGGCUCCUGGAGGGCAAGAGCAGCGGCCCCUCCAGCGUGGAGGAGAUCGAGGCCAAACUCAGAGAUGCCGACCUCAGGAGACAGCAAUUUCAUGAAUGGUUAACGAGCAAGGCAAGACCAAAACCAAGAAGCCCCUCAUGGUCAUCAGGAGAGGAUGAUCCUGGUCAAAGGCUUGAAGCAAAACUUUUUGCAGCCGAACAAAAGAGGUUGAGCCUUUUGACAAAGUCACAGAUGCGGUUGGCUAGGUUGGGUGAGUUACGACAAGCUGCUAAAAGUGGGGUAAGAAUGCGUUUUGAGAGGGAACGUGAAGAACUGGGCACAAGAGUUGAAUCUCGUGUACAACAGGCCGAGGCAAACCGCAUGCGCCUUAUUAAGGCUCAUCUUCAGAGAAGGGCUGCCAUUCAGGAGAGAACUACAAGAUCUUUGUUGCAACGGAUUAUCCGAGAAAACAAGUAUAAAGAAUGUGCGCUUUCUGCAAUCUUCCAGAAGCGUGCUGCUGCUGAGAAAAAAAGGAUGGGUUUGUUAGAAGCAGAAAAGAAAAGAGCACAUGCUAGAGUAGUGCAGGCACGGAGGAUAGCCAAAACUGUGUACCAUCGAAGAGAAACUGAAAGGAGAAGAAUGAAAGAGCAGUUAGAAAGUCGGCUUCAAAAGGCAAAGCGACAAAGGGCAGAGUAUCUGAAACAAAGAGGUAGCCCACGUAGUACUGCACGACUCAAUUUAAUCAGACAUGGAGAUUUUCUUUCAAGAAAAUUAGCAAGGUGCUGGAGGCGGUUUGUGAGAUUGAGGAGGACUACUUUUGCUUUGGCUAAAGCUUUUCAGGUUUUGGAAUUAAAUGAGGAGUCUAUUAAAAGUAUGCCAUUCGAACAGGUUGCUCUCCUGAUUGAAUCAACCACAUCACUUAAGACAAUGAAAGCCUUGCUGGAACGGCUGGAGAGCCGUUUUUCACUUCUACUAUCAUCUGGACCAUCAGGUGUGGAGAAUAUUGAUCAUCUGCUUAAGCAUCUGGCUUCUCCAAAUAGAAAAGUUCCAACUAACAGAACACCAGGAGAGAGAGGUGGAACAAAAAGAGGGGCCGUCAGAGAAUCUAGGAGUGUUGAAACAACAAUGUCUAGGUACCCAGUUAGAGUAGUUCUCUGUGCUUACAUGAUAUUAGGCCAUCCAAAUGCUGUUUUCAGUGGUCAAGGGGAGCGUGAGACUGCCUUGAGAGAGUCCGCUAUAAGCUUUCUUCAGGAGUUUGAGUUGUUAAUCAAGGUGAUAUUAGGUGGUCCUAAAACUGCUCGCUUAUCAAGUCAAUCAUUUUCAGAUGUGUCUUUGGAUCUUCAUAAAGAGUCAUCUAAUAGUUUGCCUCGGGAGCAAAGUUUCAGAUGCCAGCUGAGAACAUUUGACUCAGCAUGGCGUUCUUACCUGUACAGGUUUGUGGUAUGGAAAGUGAAAGAUGCUAGAUCUCUGGAGGAAGAUCUUGUGAGAGCUGCUUGCCAGUUAGAAUUGUCAAUGUUGCAGACAUGCAAGAUGACUGCAGAAGGACAGCCAUUAGAUCUUAGUCAUGAUAUGAGGGCUAUACAAAAGCAGGUUAUUGAAGACCAGAAACUUCUAAGGGAGAAAGUACGACACCUGAGUGGCAAUGCUGGUAUUGAAAGAAUGGAAAGUGCUUUAUCAGAUACAAGGUUCAAAUUCUUUGAAGCAAAAGAGAAUGGAAGCCCUUUAGCAAACCCUCUUGCUCAUAUUUCAUCAACUUCAGCAUCUAAAUCUCUGGGAAAACAAUUGGUUUCCGUGUCUCAUGAGCACAAAGUUGAGAUUAAAGGGAGAUCAAAUCGUGUGGUUCGUUCUCUGUUUGGAAUUUCAUCUUCCACGCAGCCCCGAGUUGGUACAGAAGUUCAAAAUGUAGAUGUUCAAUCCAGUUGCACAGUGGGAACACAGUCGUCACCCACGGAGAAUGAACUCCUUGUGAAUGAAAUAAUGCAUUGGGGCCAUGGAUCUUUUUCUAGUAAUCCUGACACUAUCAAAUCUGAAGAGAUUGGUAUCAAGAUUAAAGAGACAAUGGAGAAAGCAUUUUGGGAUGGAAUAUUGGAAUCUUUGAAGACAGGCAGACCUGACUAUGGUAGAAUACUAGGCCUUGUGAAGGAGGUACGAGAUGAGUUAUGUGAUUUGGCUCCACAGAGUUGGAAGCAAGAUAUUCUCAAUAGUAUUGACCUUGACAUUCUAUCUCAGGUCCUUGACUCAGGCUCUCAGGAUAUAGAUUAUUUUGGAAAUAUUCUAGAGAAUGUUCUGGUCAUGCUGCAGAAACUCUCUUCUCCUGCAAAUGAAGAUGACAUGAGAAAAGCCCACCAGAAGAUGUUGAAUAGUUUGACAGAUAUUGCUCGAUCCAGUGACAAACAGAGUAACUCUUUUGUUGUUGCCUCGAUCAAGGGUCUGCGUUUUGUUUUGGAACAAAUACAGACACUGAAAAAGGAAGUCAGUGUAGCCCGUAUCAAGUUGAUGGAACCACUCAUCAAGGGAUCUGCAGGGUUGGAGUAUUUGCAGAAGGCAUUCACUGACAGCUAUGGAUCUCCUCUUGAAGCUGCUAAUUCUCUUCCAGCAACUCUUCGUUGGUUAUCCCCAUUAAGCAAUAGUUUGGAAGAGGAAUGGAGUGAGCAUAUUGAUCUCUGUUCUAUUUUCUUGGCAAAUCAUGGUCUUCCUGUCACUGCUGUUCGAACAGGUGGUAGCCUUUCAGCAUCAUCAAAACAGCAUGAUGGUCUUUUUAAUGCUUCAGCAGGUGUUGAUGAACUACCAGAGUGCAAUGGAGAAAUGGUGGACAAGUUGGUAAGGAUUGGUUUGCUAAAACUUGCAAGCGCGAUAGAGGGAUUGACAUCUGAGACCAUCCCCGAAACUCUUAAACUUAAUGUUUUGAGAUUAAGAACUGUUCAGAGUCAAUUCCAGCAGAUAAUUGUCAUUGCAACAAGCAUUUUGGUCCUUCGACAAGUUCUCCUCAGUGAGAAAUCUGUUGCGUCUUCGGAGUUGGAAGCUGUAAUAUUAAAAACUGUUAAAGGGCUCUCAGAGCUCUUGAAAAGUUCACCUGAUGUGGGUGUCAAAGAUAUUAUUGAGGUGGUGGUGAGAUCAUCAAGCUCAUACUCAAAUACCUCUUCGGAAACAAAGCUCCAGAGCAGAAAGGAGAUGAUGGCAGGAAUGCUUACAAAAAGUUUGCAAAACGAUAAUGCUGUCUUCGCAAAGGUUUCACGGUCGAUCUAUUUGGCAGCACGAGGAGUCGUACUUGGUGGGAGCGGGGCCCGGGGGAGGAAACUGGCAGAUGCAGCGCUCAAGCGAGUCGGGGCCACGAUGCUCUCUGACCAAGUGGUUAAUGUGGGCAACGUGCUUAUUAUGAUGGCGAUCGUCACCGGCCGUGUUCAUGACCCAUGGUAUAGGGUCCUGGUAUGAAGAUUUAGUGGACUAGUCAGUGUCUUGUAUCUAAGGAAAUAGAAUAAAGACUUCUAAUCUGGAUUUGUGGGAAAGACCUGCAAAUUAUGAUGUUCAUAAUUCAUCUAGUGUAGGACUUGAGUUUCAAAAUUGUUGCCAAUGGUUCCUUACCCAUCUUCUUUGGGCUUUUGGUGACUCGAACAUCGCAAAAUGUGGUGAGGAAGAAUCUCCGUAUUUUGAUGUACAUAACCGUGGAAAGAUGUGGUGUAUAUCAAUGUGAAUUUGUCACUUAUUUCA